UCCCUUCCUUUCAGAAGCAGGGCUCCCACCCACGCUGCCUCAGGGCAGGAUGACCAAGCUCAGGGGGGUUGGAAGGAGAGGCCUGUGUUGGUUUUUUCCCCUUCAGCCUCUCUGCUUGGACCUCACUGCCUGAGAUGAGUCUCUGGCUCCUCUUGCCACCUGCUCUGGUGCCUAGGGAGCCCCAGGCUGCUGGCAGAGCUGUGCUGGGCAGGGCACUGCUGAGGGCUGGCUGGGAUGGGGCGAGGAGGUGGCAGAUCCUUGGGGCUGAGCAGAGGCCCUGGAACUCCUGCCUCUCCCAGAGCAGUUUGCUUUCACCUGGGAUAUUGCAUAACAAUGACAAAAGCCCAUGGGGAAACUCUCCCUUUUAUGAGCUAGGUUUUAUUUCCUAUCAAUCAACCUUGAGCAAUCAACCUUGGCAGUGGCUGAAAACCCUUCCUGUGCAAAGCUGGAUUUGCCUGUGACACUAUUUGAGGUCUGAUCUCCUUUGGAUGGUGGCACUUGCUGUGACUUUUCAGUGGAAGGCAGCAAUGAAUGUGAUGGCUGCAGGCACAGGAAACCACAGCUUCCCUAACCCCAGGCGCCCACAUGGGGUGAGAGAACUCAUGGGAGACAUAAAGCCAGACUGGGAUCUGGGUUACAGCCUUUCCCUUGUGCUUGCUGUAGUAUUUGGGUCUCAACAGACUCCUCCCCCUAAAAAUAAACACUGUUUACUGGGUCACCUCCUUCAUCCUCAGCAGCUUCCUCCUCAGCCUUUCUAUCCUGAUGUGGGGCUGAUCCUGCCUGAUUCCCAUCUCUCCCCAGGCUCACUGCAGUGUGUAAGUUGAGUGUCUAGCCAAGAGGUCACAAAGUCACUGUGGAUGUUGCUGAUGGCUGUUCUGCUCUUUAAGGCAGAGCCUCCACCUCGCUGCACUGGGCUUGGUAAAACUUUCCAUGCUGCAUUUUUGGUGGCAUUUUUCUGGAAAGCUUUGACCCAAAGUGGCUGAGCCCAAAAAGGGCACCUUCGAAGGGGUCCAGGGAGAGGCAGGAGGAAGGAGAAUAAUUAUGGAGCGUGAAAGGCAAAGCCAGUGUUCUGGGCAGCCCAAUCUCCAGCUGUGCUCUGGAGUGGGAGAUACCUGUACCCUGCUGGGGUGUGCUGACAGGUGGCCCUGCUGUGGUGCUGGCAGUAGCCAGGCUGUUCCAGGAGCCAGAGGCCAAGAGUGUUCAAUCCCUAAGAGCCUUCAGUUCACCAAGUGGAGUGCCUGGGCUCAUGCACCAUCUGGCUCAGAAGAGUCAAGUCCUCUGCUCUGUGCAGGUACAGGCAGGGACCCCCUGUGCUAUCCAAAAAGCAUAUUUCCCUGUUAUUUCCUGUCUGGUGUCAUGCUUGGGAAAAUAGGGCAAGGGAAUCUUUCUCCCCAUGGAUUUGGACUCUCUGAUGUGGCUUUUAAUGGCAAUUCUGUCUUUAUAAAGAAUUGUCUGAUCCCCUUUCCUUCACUCUGCCCUGCUGUAUGUCUGGUUGCACUGAUUUCCCAGGGAGGAAGAGAGGGAGUUUUAGACUGUGCAGUCCCUGGAAGAGGGAGCUGUUGGUUUUGUCCACAGAGCAUUAUUAUUGCCAGGGAUAGGGCUGGGCCAGGCAAUCCUGUUCUCCCCAGUUUCUCUACUGCAAAUGUAAACUGCGACUCAUGCAUCAUUAGAGUUGCAAGCUUGGAGUUAAACUGUCCCCGAGUGUGUGUUUAUCUGCACAUUGACUGUCAGAAGCUCACUGAGCUUGAACUCCAAGUUUCCUUUCCAUUUACUCUGUCACUGUAGCAGAGAUGCUUUUGAUGCUUUUCCCUCCUCCAAAGUGGUAAGUGGGUUGGCUUGCUGUCAAUGGGAUGAUCCCCCAGGGCACUGCUGGCAGUGGGUUGCUCUUGGAAAGCAAACCUCUCCAUCCUUUUCCAUCUUUUCCUUUUUUUCCAUUUUCCUUCUGAAAUGGGAAGGUUUAAUCCUGCAGCAGGGAACCUAAGCCUGCCACACAGUUAUGGCUCUGUGCAUGGCUGUGCCCUGCUGCCACAGGGCACAGAGCCUCCUCGGGGUACAUGUGGAAUCCUGCAGGCACCUCUGCUUGCUGCCACAGCCCAUGCCCUGGUCUGGAUUUGGCUUUCUGGGGAGCUGAUCAGGAGCCAGCUGAUGGGGGGUUGAGCCUUGCUGCAAGGGCCUUCUGCCUGCACUUCCCAGCCCCUCAGGCUGUCAUAUGAGUUGGUUUUAUAAAUGGGGAAAGGAGGGACCUCAUGUUUGUUUUGGGUCUUUACAUGAAUCUCAUUCCCUCUAGAUGUCCCCUGGGAUCAAGCAAGAGGAGCUGUUUUAUGGUUGGUUUUUGCUUGUGAAUCCCUGAGCUAAUUAAGUCAUUCAGUCAAUCCCUCUUGCAGCAGGAGCAGCAUGGCUUAGGGAGAAAUGCUUUGUGCCACCUGGGGAAAAAAAACCGACCCCAAAACAAAGAAAACCCCACCCCAAAAAUCCCCCAAACAACAACAAAAAAAAUCAAAACCACUAAACCAAAAAAAACCAAACAAAUAAUUUCAGCAGUGUCUCUGAGCCUGUCUCUAGUGUUUUGGCUACAUGCCUCAGAGACUGGGUUUUCCCUGCACAGGAUGUGCCCCUAUCAGCCUCCCACCAUGUCCCAGGACACCCCUGGCACCUGCCAGCAGGAGCAGAGGCAUGUCCCAGGCAAUGCAGCCACAGCACUUAUCUCUGUGAAUGUGCCAGCGUCCCCUGACCUCAUCCCUGCAGUGCAGCUCCCUGUGGUCUCAUUGCUCCUGUGAGAAGUGCUGGGCCAGGAUCCCAUGGGAUGUGCAUACAGGACAGAGUCCCUGGGCAAUUCCUGGUGGUGAUCCUUCAAGAGCCAACAAGGCAGCUGGACUGGCUGUUAGGAUUCUCCUGACCACGCAGUGGAGGGGGUGGUGUGGGAGAGACACCCCAUGCACCGUGAGGCAGAGCUUCAUCAGCCAUCCUUAAGGAACGCUGUGCCACCCUAGCCUGUACCUAAGGCAUCAUGCUGCUGUCUGCAGCCAUGGGAAAUAAAUAGCUGGAGGAAACUUCAGUCCUAGAAAUCUUCUUCCAUCCCUUCCUGGAAUCCAGCCCCUUGUCCCCUCCUCGCUGUUAGCAGGGAGAAGCUACUCUGUGCAGUACAGUGGGAGGAGUGAGAUGGAGGUUUAGCCCAUGGGCUGCUGUUGGACAGCAAAGCCACAGCCAGCAGGUGCCCACAGGUGGGCAUCUGGCAUGGGCACAGUGACAGAAGGGGCUUUGGGCAUCGUCACGCUUACCCAGGUGGCCUGGGGACAGGACACUGGCUGUCACCUCCCAGAGGGUGUUGCUUUGCUGAUGCACUCUGCUCCGUGACUUCUCCCUGCCAUUCUAAGCAGAGGAAACCACCACUGACAGACAGUUUCCUCCCAGCCACCUUCUAUUUAGCGGAGCGGCUGUUGCCAUCGCCCAUGAGAACCCACCACCGCCCCUCUGGGAGAGGAUCCAAGCAGAGUGGAUUCCCAUGGGGCUGCCACAGUGCCUGGCAGCUGCCUUCCUCUUCCUCCUCCUCCUUCUCCUGGGUCUGAGCAGUGGCCAGCGGGUGGUGACUGUCCAGCGGGGACCCCUCUACCGCACGGAGGGGUCCCACGUCACCCUGUGGUGCAAGGUGAGCGGCUACCAGGGCCCGGCGGAGCAGAACUUCCAGUGGUCCAUCUACCUGCCCUCGGCCCCCGAGAGGGAGGUGCAGAUCGUCAGCACCGUGGACCCCUCCUUCCCCUACGCCAUCUACACCCAGCGUGUGCGCAGCCGGGGCAUCUUCGUGGAGCGGCUGCAGGGGGACGCUGUCCUGCUGCACAUCACCGAGCUGCAGGACCGCGACGCCGGCCAGUACGAGUGCCACACGCCCAACACCGACGAGAGGUACUUCGGCAGCUACAGCGCCAAGAUGAACCUCUCAGUGAUUCCAGACACACUCUCGGCUUCCAUGGCCCCCCAGGCCCUCACUCGCAUGGAAGGGGAUGCGGUGGAGCUGACCUGUGAGGUGUCCAAGUCCACGGCCCAGCACACCCAUCUCUCAGUUGGCUGGCACCUUCUUCAGGGAGGAGCAGGAGAGCACCGUGCCAAGGAGAUCCUCACCCUCUCCAAGGACUUCAUCCUGAAGCCAGGGCCCUCCUAUGAGCAGAGGUUUCUGGAGGGGGAUGUGCAGCUGCACAAGGUUGGGAACAGCACCUACAAGCUUGUCAUCAGGAGGGUGAAGCCAUCUGACCAGGGACAGCUGUACUGCGAGGCAGCCGAGUGGAUUGAGGAUCCUGACGAGACGUGGAAGGACAUCUCCUGUAAGCAAACAGAGAAGACUUCGCUGGCAGUUGUGAGCCAGGGCAGAGACCUCUCCGUGGACAUCGCCGCUGCUGAGCGCUCCCUUUCUGAAGGGGACACCCUGCAGCUCACUUGUGUGGUGGGAGCCCCAAAGAACAGCAGCAGGCACUUUAAAGUGAUUUGGCUCCUCAAUGAGAUGGAAGUGGCCAAGGUUGACCCCCAUGGGGUAUUGAUUUGGGAGGAAGGAUACCAGGAGAGAGCCAAGCUGGGGCAGCUCCGAGCAUUCAAGCCAAGCAACGCAGUUUAUGUGCUCAGCAUCUCUGAGAUGGGGCUGGAGGACAAGGGCACGUACCAGUGCUCUGUGUCGGAAAUGAAGACUCCUGGAGACUUGCACAGCAUCCAGACCAAUGUGUCAUCAGGCAUACAAGUCAACGUGAAGCCAGUAGGUCUGGGUCUGCACGCCACGCUGAGCAGCCGAAUUGCCACCGUCACUUACGGGCAGAGUUUUGAGCUCUUCUGCCAAGUGAACGCCAGCUACACCCUGGAGGAGGUGCCAGCGUCUGUGAGGUGGCUUUUCCAGCCCAGCCUGCCCACGGGUCCCUUUCAGGAGCUGGUCAGGGCCUUUCCCAGUGGCACUGUGGUCUGGGGGACAGCACAGCCACACCUCCAGGGGAAAGCCCAGCUGGUGAAGACUGACACCUCCUUCAGGCUGCACAUCCACAGCGCCUUGCCUGCCAACGAGGGGACGUACCAGUGUGAGGUGGAGGUCUGGAGAAGGAACAUCCUGCCCCUGGGGCAGCCAGCAGCCAGCACCAGCUCCAAUGCCGUGGGAAUAAAAGUGGUGCUGCCAGAAAGCAAGCUUCGGGUUGCUACGCAAGACAGCUCUGUGGAAAUUGCCAGUGGUAACGCAGCCAUUGAGUGCAGGGUUGUGUUUGCCCCGAAAAAUUCGCAGUUUGCUGUUACCUGGUACCUUCUGCCUCCUCUGGCAGAUGCGGCGCCCCUGCAAAUCGUCAGGGCCAGCUACAGCAGCAUACUGGAAUACGGGUCUGAAUUCAGCUCUCCUGCACAAAAGUCCCGGUUCCUGAGCCAGAGGGUGUCCAGCAACACAUUCCAGCUGCAGAUUCUGUCUGCAAACCUCGGGGACCAGGGCAGGUACUACUGUGUGGUAGAGGAGUGGCUCUGGCUGGUGGAUGGCUGGUACAAGCUCGGAGAGGGAGCAUCGGGAAGGACCACGCUGAGGUUCAGACUCCCAGAGCGCGAGCUGCAGAUGGAGAGAACCAACCGCAGCAUCUCCGCGAGGGAGGGCGAGGAGGUGACGCUGCCCUGCCGGCUGCAGGGUGCCCUCCUGCCCGGCACACACCUCUCAGCCACCUGGUUCCAGGUGGGGAGCAGUGGUGGUGACAGCUGCCUGCUGACCCUGCACCACGAUGGCACCGUGGGGUACCCGCAGGAGCGCCUGGCAGGGCGGCUGUACCUCCGCCGCCCCUCCGCUGGUGACUUCAGCCUGACGCUGCUCAGCGUGGAGAGGGGAGAUGCUGGGGCCUAUUACUGCCAGCUGCAGGAAUGGCAGCAGCAGAGUGAGGGGAAGGACUGGGCUCUGCGAGCCUUGGCACGCUCUGGGUACACCCAGCUCGUCACCAUCCCGCCAGAGUCAACUGUUUUGUCUAGGAUCUGCUCAUCCCCACCACUGCUGAACUUCAUCUUAUACUUACCAUUGGUUCUGAUCCUUUUCCUGGCCCUUGCUGGCUUCUGCUGGUACUGCAAAUCCAGGAAAAACAAGAAGGGCAACAUCACAGGAUGGAUGAUGGAACUGGAAGGGAAAGAAGAGGUCAAGAAAACUUAGCUGGUCUGUAGAGGCAGAUGUAACUUGGAGGAGCAGAGCUGGACAGCUGAGGAGGACUGAGCACUUGCAGAGGAGCUUUUUAUGGUUUUGUAGUAACUCUUGCAAUAAAUCCUUGAGAUUGUGUGUUUGCUUUUGAUGGAA